AUGUCCAGUGCCAGAAUCAACGCCGCCUCACUGAGCUUCAGGGGAGGUGGAGGCGCCGUUGGCUUUGCCCUUUUCCCCCAAUCUCAAAUUUCAUCCUCCAACCCCCAGAACGCAGCGUUUGGUCCGCCACCGCCUCACCGAAGCGGAAGCCUCAAGGUUUCGCCGUGCAUUCGACUCCAGCACCGCCAGGGAAAAUAUACCGAGCUGUAUCCGGUCGCACUGGAAUGGACGAGCAUGUCACCCAUGGCUAGCGGCGACCAGGACGAAGGCAUGUCCGCUUCGGCCGACAGCGCCGUCGUCUCCCCCGCCCACGAUGAUUGGCAUGGCGCUGGCCAGCCUCAGGCGAGACAAUCCGACCAAGGCGGCCGAGCAGAGGCGCUAGCAGACGCACCCGGAGCAUCUUCUGCUCCCAAUGUACCCGACAGCCCAGCGGAACCACUCACAACAGGCCAAUUCGCGCCUCCAGCCCAGCCGAAAUCUGACCCCAGACCUGGACCUCCCGCCGCCGCAACAGCACCACUUCCAGGGCGACAAUCACAAGCACAAGCACAGGCUGCAUAUACCGGCCUGGGCGGUCACGAGCGUCAUCUCCCGUUACACCACCAACAUCAUCACCAGCAGCCUUCCGCGAUCCCUCACAUCGUUGCUCCGUCAUCGUACCUGCGCCUCAGGCCACUGACUCGCAGCGCAAUGGCGACAACUGCCUCGCAGCCGGCGCCUCCCCCGCCACCACCCCAGCAGGUCAUCGCUGACAAGGAUGAGGCACAAGGUCUGAAGAAUAUUCGGGACUUCCUCAAGGUUCGAACCGGCUACGAUGUUUUCCCUUUAUCCUUCCGACUCAUUGUCCUCGACACCGAUCUACUCAUCAACAAGAGUCUUAACAUUAUGAUACAAAAUUCAAUUGUGUCUGCACCGCUAUGGGACUCUCACACCUCCCGCUUCGCUGGCCUCUUGACGGCCACUGAUUACAUGAAUGUGAUUCAGUAUUAUUGCCAGUUUCCCGAGGAGAUGAGCAAGCUGGAUCAAUUCCGAUUGAGUAGCCUACGAGACAUUGAGAGAGCCAUUGGUGCCGUCCCCAUUGAAACCAUUUCGGUCAACCCUCUCCUGCCCCUCUACGAAGCAUGCAAAGGCAUGCUCAAGACUCGUGCUCGACGAAUCCCGCUUGUUGAUAAGGACGACGAGACAGGCAAGGAAUGGGUCGUCUCUGUUAUCACCCAAUACCGAAUUCUCAAAUUCAUUGCUGUCAACAACGAGCAUAAUACAGUUCUUCUCAAGCGAACGGUCCGAGAGUUGAAUCUCGGAACAUACACCAAUGUUGCGACAGCCCAGAUGACUAGCCCUGUGCUAGAUGUUAUCCAAAUGAUGGUUCAUCGCAAUAUCAGCUGUGUCCCUAUUAUCGACAAGGAUAACAGGCUACUCAACGUUUUUGAAGCAGUGGAUAUCAUCCCUUGCAUCAAGGGUGGGGUAUACGAGGAGUUGGCGGGAUCCGUGGGAGAUGCUCUGCUUAGACGUCCGGAAGACAGCCCAGGCAUAUACACUUGCUCAGAGCAUGACCGUCUUGGUGCUAUCUUUGACACCGUUCGGAAGAGCCGCGUGCACCGACUCGUCGUUGUUGACGACGAGAACAAACUGAAGGGCAUCGUUUCCCUAUCCGAUAUCCUGGCUUAUGUUCUACUCUCCCCGGUGGAUUGA